AUGGACGUGGACUUUGAGAUCGAAGAAUCGACGCCAGAGGAUGAGCACCCGUGGGACCUUUCUUCUCCGUCCGAGGAGGAAGGACUGAAUCAGCUGAUGUGCCAAGAGGCGGACGCCUGCGAACUGCUCCACCGGGCAGCGGAAAGCCCAGGGAGGCUUGGCACCCCGACCAGCGACCGUUUGUCCCGGGGAGGGGUACGGGGCCUAUAUGAUCAUAUGGUUGAGCUAACGGAGAGAGCUGCCGCCUUGAAGGACCGGGUGGUCCUGGUCGGGAGGAGCGGCACCGGGAAGACGCGGCUGGUGGGCGAUCCAUUCUUUCCUCACGGGUCCCACCUCGCGCAGAUCAACGACAUCCUUCAAGCAUCCGAGCCGGACGCACGCGCGUACCACGCGCGCGUGCGCGAGAAGGUCGCGCAGAUCGGCGAGAGGGAGGAGGUCACGCUCGUCGACGCAGAGCCGCACGAGGUGCCGCGGCGCGACAUUGUGGCGAGCGCGCGCGCGGGCGACCGCGUCGAGGUGUACUUUCCAGAAGCGGACACGUGGCGUGAAGGCGAAGUGGUUGGUGUCAACGAGAGCGGCACGAAGCACAAGAUCCUGUUCUCCAAUGACGACGAACCGACCGCGAACCUGUCGCUCCGAGACUGCGAGGUUUCCGAAGACGAUAACGAGACCGCGUUUUGGGCUCGACGGGUUUGGAACCUGCGCUUUGGGAACGGGCGAUCGGAACCGGAACCGGACAUGCGGGACUAUUACCUGCUGCCCGAAGGGGGCGUUUCGGACACCACCCAAGUGAAGUGCGCGAUCACGGCGGGCUCGCUCGCGCGCGUGCGCAUCUAUUACAAGACUUUAGAAAAUGUGGCGGAACCACUACAAAGACUCUGGCAACUGUGGAGAGAGACCAAAACUGCCCCUGGUGGAGUCACUUCCUUAGUUGGACCUCCAAAGAAGAGUGCGCUUCUCGACGGACUAGACCUGGGGGAAGGUUACGAAAGCGAUGGCGGUGUGAAUGCGGACGAAGACGCGGAGAUUCUGCGGGAGCCGUUUAUUCAGACGGCGCUGGCACUGCUCGGGAAGCCUGUUAACACCCCCAUCUGCGAGCUGGUCGACGGCGACUUCAAGCUGCCGGAGCGCUGCCGCGCGCGGAUGAGCUCCGCCGGAAAGGUGGAGGUGUUUGCGCCAUGCCGCACCACGUCACCCGACACGACCCUGGAAGAGCACAUUUGCCUGUGCCGAGACUUUUCUACUCUGCGGAUAAUGGGAUGCUACACGCGAGACGGGCGGGCGCGGAACGAGCCUCACUGGCCUCUGGUCUACAAGGCGGUUUUCGAGAUGCCCCACAUAGCGGUGCAAUUUCACGACUUCGUGGACCUGCCGGGCGUGUCGGACGACGCCGGGCCGUUCGGCAUCGACGCACUAGCGGAGAUGAAAGCCGCCCAGAAAGUUCUGGUCACAAUGGACCCUCGGAAGGAUCAACAGGCUGCCAUCCGCCGCCUCGCCGAGACGCUCCUUUUGUGCCGCCAAGGGGAGGGCGACGCGCACGGGGCUUUCCGGCAGAAGCCGGUCGCCGUCAUUUGCGCGGGAGAUCUUUGGUGGGGCGAAGAUACGUCUGGAGUUCACAGCACGGCUCUGGUUCCAGGGCACCAUCACAAUAACCCCACCGAGCGAAGGAUUCUCCAGCAAGCGGAGGCCGACUGGGCCGACGCGCGGCGGGACGCGGUCGCGGCCGCGCUCGAGAACCUCACGAUCGCCCGGGAGAACCUGCCCCGGCGCGCCGCGGAGCGAAGAGCCCAGGAGAUUGUCGCCCCAGUCGAGUUUAUGGUCAUCUACCCGCGCUUGUUGUAUCACCCCAGAUCUGUGCCGAUCGAGUAUCUGCCCAUCUCCGAAGCCGACUCCCACAUGCCGCAGCUCCGCAAAUUUCUGCGCAGCAGCAGCGCCGCCGCGCGGAGCUGCGCAUUGCGCGCGAUCCUGUCGGGCGCGCAGGAGCUUCUCCGCGCCCAUCAGGACAUGGGCGCGGGAACUUUCAAGCUUGCGCGCGCGGUCUUCCUUCCCAAGAAGCAGGGGGAGUUCCGGGCCGCGCUCGCGCGCGCGAGCGCGCCCAGAAAGCUCAAGCUGCCUAAGAUGGUGGCGGACCUUUCAGUGGAGGUGGCCGGAGACACCAGACGAGAAUUGCAGCCGGAUGCGGAGGGUUGUACGGCGCUCCGAUGCGGAAAAGAGCUCGCCCGGCUGGUCGAAUUCCGCUCCGACCAGCCGGAACGGGUUCCGCCGUCGCUCUUCACCGGAGGCCUCCGGGCGGCACUCGACAGGGGCCCAGUCCCCGCCCUUCUGAACCACAUGGAAUGGGAGAGCACCCAUCUUCAAGACGUCAUGAUCCGGCCUCUUCUACUGUACCCAGUGGAAAAGCUCUACGCGGCAUUGGGGAUCGCUUGCGACCGCGGGGCCGCGCGCGCGCGGCGGACCGGCGGCAAGCUCCCGGGGUUACUGGAGGGGUUUGUGGGCGCGCUCGCGGCCGCGGCUUCGGCGGCGCUGAGCGACCUGGGCCACGCGGUGGAGCGCGGCGGGUGCGAGCUGCUGACGGAGCUGAUCCGCCUCAACUUCGACCGGAUCGUCUCCCGCCACCUCGACAGCCUGGCCGCGAUGCGCGUCUUCGAGGUGAUCAAACACGGCGCCGAGCAAGAGAUCGGCGUCGAGACCGCGCGGCUCUGCGUGAGGCUGACACGUGGCAAGCAGGCCAAGUGGGGUCGCCCCGCCAGCGGCCAGAAGUCGAAGCUGAUGGUCGUCGAGACGGCGUGCCCCAAGCUAGCUGAGAUUUUCGUGCGGAAGAUGAUUGAGGGUAUCUCGUCCCGCUACACACAAGCGCUUUCCUUCGUCCGGAACGACUGCAAGCAGCUCUUGCGGACGGAUUUCGUUACGGAGCUGUCCGCGCUUCUAGACCGCGGCCGCCUCGCCGCGCUCGCGCUCUCGCUCGCGCGUGCGCAAACCCUGCACGAGAGGUUUGGCGAGGUGCUUCAAACCGAGGAAAAGCUAGCGGCCGAGCCAGACGACGAAGUCGCCCAAGAGUCGGAAGACAUACAGUGGACGGCGGGCGAGACGCGCGCGCUCCUCGCGGCUCUAACGCGCGCGCGGUUUCGAGGUUCACUGAAGGAGCGAAUGGCGGAGCUGAGGCGAGCGUGCACGGAAGCGGGAAUCGAUCGGAAGGAAAAGGAACUGACGGCGUAUGUGCGGCUGUUAGAGGAAUGUUUCGGGGACGCAGACGACGGAGGGCUGAGAUUUGCGGAGAAGUGCUUCAGAGAAGGGGAGAAGGGAAAGACGCAGAAGGAUGGGAGCCGGUCUGCGAAAGACGACGUGAAGAUGGGGCUUCCGUCGAGGAGAGACUCGGAGAUACUGCUCCUAAUUAAGGCCCUCGCCCAAUACUGGCAGCGCUCCAGGUCAGGCGGGGCUGGCCCGACGCUCGACGUCAGCAAGACGUCAGACCUGGAGCAGGUCGCUCAGAUCCUGAACCGCCCAUCACGGCGGCUUAAUCCAGCCAAAACCUCACCCCCGCGCAAAACGGACACGGACUACCACAGAGCGGAAGAGGGUCAGCAGCCGAUCAGAACGGGCAGCCAGCAUUCGGUGCCCUGCGCGACGGCGGCCGCGAGCGCGAAGCAGCCGGACCGAGGUUUAGCAGGGGGAGUGGCGGCCGUGGCAAAGCCACGGCCCGGCAAAGCCCUGGGGGGUCGCGCUGCUGUUGUGACGAGACUGAAGCGCACGGCACUCUUAAGAGACGCUUCAGACCGGAGCGGCGGAGACGGGCGGAAACGGAUCAAGCGGAGUGCCGGGGAGCCCUUAGAGGAUGUCGGAUCAGAGAAGAGCAGCAAAGAAGAAGCAAAGGUCAAAGCAGAAGAGUUAGAGACGGGGCCAGUCAGUAUGGGUCAGGCCACCGGGGGUAAAGGAUCUUCUGACGUUCCGGCGGAUGCAAAUCCUGCGGAACCGUAUAGAAAUCAAGGACCCGAAACGAAGCUUUUGGAGCGCUGGUUUGAAAAACAAGUCCUGAACGAAGACGAGUGUCCUAUGCUGGUGCGGGGAAGGGUUUUGGAGGGGCCUCUGUGGGGCAAGAGAGUGACGCGCCGGCUGACGUACAGAGUGCGGUAUCAUGACGGUCGAGAGGAGGAGACGACGCUUCGCCCCAGUGAAAUUUUCACAGAGGCGCCGGCAACGGAAAAGCAAGAGACGGCGGACGGAACGGAAACGAAGGAAACGGAGCAUCUGGCUGGUACAAAGGAAGCCUCAUUCAAGCAUCACGGCGGCGCUUUUGCGAAUAAAGUACUCGGUGAAUACAAAAUAAAGAAGUCCAAUGUGGCGCCAGAAGAACUGAACGGAACGGAAGGAGCGAGCGGAAAGGGAACGCCGUGGCGCGCGCGCGAGGUGCUCUGGUUUUGCGAGCGGCUGUGCGCGCAGUACGGCGCGUCGGCCGCGGGGUUCAAGGACGCGUGGCGCGCGUACGAGGCGUCCGAGCUGCCGGAAGGCGUCCGGAUCGAGUACCGGAAACGGAAAGACGGAAAAAGAGAGGACCGGAAGUACACGGAAGGCGGAAAGGCGGCCGCGGUGCUGAGCACGCGCGCGGGCGGCCGCGGGCCGCAAGUGUCUCCAGCCGAGGCCGAAUGUGUGCGCGCGCGCCUGGAGAGGGAGGGGUGGAGAAUGGAUACCAGGAAACGGGGGGAGGGAGGCGUCAGUCCAGGAAAGAUUGACUACUACUACGUGGGCCCAUCCGGCACCCCUCGGUUCCGGUCGCUCGUGGAGGUCCACGAGCACUUUGAGAGAGUCGACGAGGCAAAACGAGCAGAAAAGGCAGGGUCCUAA